UCGGGGUCGGUAUGCAGAGCCAAAGCUGGGUCGAAGUGGGUCAUAACGCACACCCUCCCCUGCGCUCAGGCGUAUGCGAGUCGCCAUCCACCCGCAAGGCACACAUCCACAUCCCCAGUCUCCGUCCGCGACGCGUAGGUCCGGUUUUCCAUGCGCGGCGUCCACGCGCCAAAAUUGAUGCUCGGCUGCGAUGCGGAUCCGCACGGCUCCAUCAACUCUGAGUAUGGCGGGCGCACUCGAUCCGUCUGUGCAUUCUGCAAGCGGUGGCGGGUUGAGUCUGCGGAGGCGGAGGGGAAAUCGGAUCAGGGCUAUUCGCGAAAGCUGUGGGUGUGAAGUUGUAGUCCGUGUACGGGUCCGUAGCCAGGCAAUGGUAACGAAUCGAGUUGUGAAAAGGGAAAAGGGAAAGGGAAGAGGGAAAGGGAAAAGGGAAAGGGAAAAGGGAAAGGGAAGAGGGAAAGGGAAGAGGGAAAGGGAAGAGGGAAAGGGAAGAGCGACAGGGAAGAGGGAAAGGGAAGAGGGAAGAGGAAAAAGGGAAAAGGAAAAAGGAAAAAGGAAAAAGGAAAAAGGAAAAAGGGAAAAGUGAAGAGGCAGGGCAGAAGAGUACCAAUGCAAUGCAUAUACAUACACCCACAACAACGCUACUCACUAUCUAGUUACACUCCCAUCCG